CCCCUCUCUGGAUUUGUCUUGCAGAUCUUCUCUCAAGAGUACAUCAAUCUUCUGCUUUCCAUGUAUUUCUUUGUGCUGGGGAUCCUCGCCCUGUCCCACACCAUCAGCCCCAUGAUGAACAGAUUCUUCCCGGCGAAUUUCCCCAACAAACAGUACCAGCUCCUCUUCACCCAGGGCUCCGGGGAGAGCAAGGAGGAAAUAGUGAAUUACGAGUUUGACACCAAGGAUCUCGUGUGCCUGGCCCUGAGCAGUGUUGUGGGGGUCUGGUACCUGCUGAGAAAGCACUGGAUUGCCAACAACCUCUUCGGGCUGGCUUUCUCCCUCAACGGGGUGGAGCUGCUGCACUUGAACAACGUCAGCACCGGCUGCAUCUUGCUCGGGGGCCUCUUCAUCUACGACGUCUUCUGGGUCUUUGGCACCAACGUGAUGGUGACGGUUGCCAAGUCGUUCGAGGCCCCGAUAAAACUGGUUUUCCCUCAGGACCUGCUGGAGAAGGGGCUGGAGGCCGACAACUUCGCCAUGCUGGGUCUGGGGGACAUUGUCAUUCCAG